CCCCUUUCCUCUUCUACCGACGAGAAUGAAGACCAUUCUCAGCAGUCAGACUGUCGACAUCCCCGACAAUGUCGAGGUGAGGUUGAAGGGGCGGACAGUGACUGUCAAGGGGCCCCGAGGCAAACUCGUAAGAGAGUUCAACCACAUCAACCUGGAACUCAGUCUGCUGGGCAAGAAACAGAAGAAGCUUCGUGUGGAUAAAUGGUGGGGAAACAGAAAGGAGCUGGCCACAGUCCGCACCAUCUGCAGCCACGUCCAGAACAUGAUCAAGGGAGUCACUUUGGGUUUCCGGUACAAAAUGCGUUCCGUGUACGCCCAUUUCCCCAUCAACGUAGUCAUUCAGGAAAGUGGAGCUAUGGUGGAGAUCAGGAACUUCCUGGGAGAGAAGUACAUCCGCCGGGUCCGAAUGAGGGCUGGUGUGAAUUGUGCAGUCUCAGCUGCCCAGAAAGACGAGCUGGUGCUGGAGGGUAACGACAUUGAGUUGGUGUCAAACUCGGCUGCUCUGAUCCAGCAGGCCACCACAGUCAAAAAUAAGGAUAUCAGAAAGUUCUUGGACGGUAUCUACGUAUCCGAGAAGGGAACAGUAGUGGAAUCGUCUCAUUAAAAGUAACAUCUGCACUCUUUGAGCGGCCGCUACGGUCAGAAAGGACAUCAGGAAGUUCCUGGACGUCAUCUAAGUCAGCGAGAAGACCACUGCGGUAGAGCAAGAUGUCAAAUAAUUGUUCUCCAUGUCCUGUUAUGACCAAUAAAGCUACCAACUUUUCCAGUCAA